AUGGGUGAACUCCAGGCACCAACCUACACCCCGCAAGCCCACCAGCCGCCCGCAACGCCCACACCAACACCAAACCUAAACGCCUCCUGCAACGGUGCAACCCAAGAAAAACCCCACCAGAAAAGCAGCAUUCCCAAAAAGACAAAGUAUAACAUUCUCCCCCACCCAUCACCCCAAAAGAGCCUCGAACAAGACCCACCCCUGAUCGACACGGCAGCCCACGGGGAACAAGAAACGAGACCAGUCAGACGCCGUGACACCGACCAGAAACAUGGCCGAUCGAUGCGCGAUGCGCCGAUUUCACGCGGUCCGGCCCUCCACCGCCGCGCAGCACCUAUCACAGCGGUCGAUACCCGAGCCUGUUUCGAGGACGUGAGCCAGACACGGGGUUAG